CCGUACAUUAUCGGAAAACAAAUCAUUGAAGUCAGUAUCCAUACAACUGUGGACAGUGAAACUAUGAUGAGUGUAUUCAAACCUACUGAACAUCAACAUGUCCGCUACAAUCCUCUCAAAGAUGAAUGGAUACUGGUCUCCCCCCACCGCUGCCUGCGUCCUUGGAGUGGGCAAGUUGAGGACGCCGUGGAAGACCAGCCACCAGACCCCAAUAACCCGCUCAAAGCUGGUGCCUUGAGAGCUAAUGGACAGCGCAACCCAAUCUAUUUGUCCACUUACGUCUUCCCUAACGACUUCCCGGCUCUCCUGGAGAGAGUCCCCGAGCCUCCUGCCCCGGAGCAUCCUCUCUUCAGGGCUGGCCCGGCUAAAGGAACCUGCAGGGUGAUGUGCUUCCAUCCAAACUCGUCUAUGACAAUACCUCUAAUGUCAGUCCAAGAAAUCGUGGCAGUUGUCGAAGAAUGGAUAAACCAAAUGAAAGAACUAGGUCGGAGGUACACCUGGGUGCAGAUAUUUGAGAAUAAAGGGGCAGUGAUGGGGUGCUCCAAUCCUCACCCUCAUUGCCAAAUAUGGGCUUCCAGCUUUCUUCCCAAUGAGGCUAGGGUUAAAGACAGAUGCCAAAAGGAAUAUUUCGCAGAACAUGGAAAACCGUUAUUAGUUGAUUAUUUGGAGCAAGAAUUAGAGAGAAAAGAACGCAUAGUAAUCAAGAAUUUUGAAUGGGUAGCCUUGGUACCAUAUUGGGCGAUUUGGCCUUUCGAAACAAUGUUAUUACCAAUCCGCGGGAAGCCACAGAGGCUGACAGACCUCAAUGAACAACAAAAGGAAGGUCUGGCAGAUAUCAUGAAGAAAAUUACAACUAAAUACGAUAAUUUAUUUAAAUGUAGCUUCCCGUACAGCAUGGGGUGGCAUGGGGCGCCAACAGGCUCAAAUCAUACACCAGGAGACUCGCCGCAUUGGCUUCUACACGGCCUAUAUCUUCCCCCACUUCUAAGGUCAGCGAGUGUCAAGAAGUUCAUGGUGGGAUACGAGAUGUUAGCUCAGUCACAAAGAGACUUGACGCCAGAGCAGGCUGCUGAAAAGCUGAGAGAUUGCGAUUUAGUGCAUUACAAGAAUGUGGUUUUGUGAAAUUUUACUAAAUACCUAUUUUGCGGUGUAAUUUUAUUGCAUUAAAUUGUUUAUUGGA